CCUGUCAGGAGUGAUCCAAAGUCCAGGUUACCCACAGUACAUGAGACAGUCGCACUACCAGUGGACGUUUUCAUCUUCCAUCGCCGAUGAACAAGUGGCUGUGUACUUUGACAACAUUGAUUUAAGACGAUAUUAUGGCGGAAUGAGCAAGAUAACCGUUGUAGAUUCAAGGAACACUAGUUUUCUUAGUGUGCAAAACCAAAGGCACCAUCCAGUUGGGUUUUUGAUAACCAACCCUCCAUUGAUGAUCAGUUUCUAUUCUUCUCAUAAAUCGAGAAUUGGCCGUAGUGUGAAUGGCAUUCUUAUGCGAUAUUUUGUCUUCAGUGGAUCGGAUGAAGGAAGUCCGUGUUCGGAAAAAUUCAACUUGACGGUCACAGACGUUGAAUCUGGUAGAAUCAACAUUUCUUGGACAUCUCUGACAACCUAUCCACACACCAACGUUUCUGGUGACCCUACGUAUUUGGUGUUUUACAACUCCACUGCAAAAGGCGUCAAUAAUUUUACCCUGAUAACCAACUUGACAUCAGCUGUGAUUGACUAUCUUUCUUUCAACGCAUGGUAUUCGAUAGAAGUUGUUGCCUUUUUCUAUGGCUCGAACAACAUCGAACGAGCUUGUCCUGUACUAGUAAAGACGGCAGACAAAU